AUGCAAAAUCAUAGGACUUGGUUGUGUUUAUGUAUCCUACUUUUGUCUAAAGUAGUUUUGGUUUUCUGUGGUAUUCAAUGGAUUGGGAAGAUCUCACCUGGAUUUGGGGGGUCACAGAUGAAUUGGAUUGAUAAGAAUGGAAAGUUUCUUGUCUCAAACAAAAAACAAUUUGGUUUUGGCUUUGUCACAUCUUCACACAACAACACAUUGUUUAAUCUUGCAAUAGUCCACAUGGAUAGCACCAAAAUCAUUUGGACUGCAAAUAGAGAAUCUGCUGUUUCAAGUUCUGAUAAAUUUGUGUUUGAUGAAAAGGGUAAUGUUUUUUUACAAAAAGGAAAGUUUUUUAUUUGGUCAACAAACACAAGUAACAUGAAGGUUUCUUCAAUGAAGUUACAAGAUAAUGGAAACUUAGUUUUGCUUGGAAAUGAUGAUAGUGAUGUGAUUUGGCAAAGCUUUGAUCAUCCAACAGAUACUUUGUUGCCAAUGCAAAACUUCACCAAGGGAAUGAGACUUAUCAGUGAACAAGAUUCUUCUAACAAUUUGAGUUAUGUGCUUGAAAUUGAAUCUCAUUCUGGUAAUGUUGUUCUUUCCAGUGGUUUACAAUCUCCACAAAGUUAUUGGUCUAUGCAAAAAGAUAUCCGAAGAAUCGUCAAUGAGAACGGCGAUGAUGUUGCUUUUGCAACUCUUGAUGCAAAUUCAUGGAAAUUCUAUGAUAAUAAGAGAUCUUUGUUGUGGCAAUUUAUCAUUGCUGAUGAUGUUUCAAAUGCAACAUGGAUUGCGGUUUUGGGAAGUGAUGGAUUUAUUACUUUCAUGAAUCUUCAAAACAAAAACUCAAUUGCUUCAUCAACAAGAAUACCACAAGAUUCUUGUAGUACACCACAGCCUUGUGGUUCUUACAAUGUAUGCUUUGGUGACAGAAAAUGUACUUGUCCUUCUAUUCUUAGCUCUAGACCUAGUUGCGAACCGGGUUUUGCUUCGCCUUGUAACUCGAAAAAUUCUAUUGAGUUAGUGAAAGGUGAUGAUGGACUUAAUUACUUUGCUCUUGGAUUUCUUCAACCUUCUUCGAAAACCGAUUUGAUUGGUUGCAAAAAUUCUUGUAGUGAGAAUUGUUCAUGUCUUGCUAUGUUCUUUCAUGGGAGUUCAGGUAACUGUUAUAUGUUAGAUAGGAUUGGAAGCUUUGUGAAAACUGAUAAUGAUACUGGUUUUGUCUCUUACAUUAAAGUCUCAAGAGACAAAAGCACUGACACGGACACGGACACGGAAGAGAACGGAAACAAGAAUAAGCAGACAAUAGUUGUUCUGAUCAUUGUGGUAUUAACAUUGUUUGUCAUUUCUGGCAUGAUCUAUGUGGGACUAAAAUACAUAAAGAAAAAGGAAAAUUUGUCUGAACCUCCAGCCGAAGAUUCAGACAACGAUGACGAUUUCUUGGAGAGUUUAACUAGUAUGCCAAUCCGUUUCACCUACAACGAUCUAGAAGCGGCGACGAAUAACUUUGCGGUGAAGUUAGGUCAAGGUGGUUUCGGCUCUGUUUAUAAGGGAAGUCUUUCAGAUGGAACACAAAUAGCUGUGAAAAAGUUAGAAGGAAUAGGUCAAGGGAAGAAAGAAUUUAGAGUUGAAGUUAGCAUUAUUGGAAGCAUUCAUCAUCAUCAUUUGGUAAGGCUUAAAGGGUUUUGUGCUGAAGGAUCUCAUAAACUUCUUGUUUAUGAGUAUAUGGAAAAUGGUUCCUUGGAUAAAUGGAUAUUCAAAAAAAGAGAACAAUCUUUGGAUUGGAACACAAGGUACAACAUUGCACUAGGAACAGCUAAAGGACUAGCUUAUCUACAUGAAGAUUGUGAUUCAAAGAUUGUUCAUUGUGAUAUCAAACCAGAAAAUGUGCUUUUAGACAAUAAUUUUGAAGCCAAAGUAUCUGAUUUCGGUCUCGCGAAACUCAUGAACCGCGAACAAAGCCAUGUUUUCACAACAAUGAGAGGAACAAGAGGGUACUUAGCACCAGAAUGGAUCACAAACUAUGCUAUAUCAGAGAAAAGUGAUGUUUAUAGCUAUGGAAUGGUGCUGUUAGAGAUAAUAAGUGGAAGGAAAAACUAUGAUGCUAAUGAAAAUUCGGAGAAAUCGCAUUUUCCUUCUUAUGCUUAUAAGAUGAUGGAACAAGGGAAGGUGGAAGAUUUGGUUGAUCAUGAGAUGAAAAUGUGUGAAAAUGAUGUGAGAGUUGAGAUUGCUUUGAAUGUUGCAUUUUUGUGUAUACAAGAAGAUAUGAGUUUGAGGCCUUCUAUGAAUAAAGUUGUGCAAAUGCUUGAGGGUUUAUGUGAUGUUCCUAAGGUACCAAAAGGUUCUCCAUUAGGUUCUAAGUUUUAUUUGAAUUUGCUUAGACCUACAAGUGAGAGUGGAACUUCUUCAGAACCAUUAGAGGGGUAUAGUGAUGCAUAUCUAUCUGCUGUUAGGCUUUCAAGACCAAGAUAA